GAGUAGGACAGUUGAAGCGGAGGAGUAAAAACUAAAAAGAAAAAACUCUCCCAAAAUAAAGACACAAACACUCCCAAAUUGUCGUUUGCAAAAACUAAAACCACCGAUCCGCAGUUCCCCACCCCGCCAUGCUCAUCAUCUUCUCCGACAAUCCUCUCCUCUAGAUCCAACCUCCAAUCUCAAAAAUGUCCCACUUAAAAUCAGAAAGCGACACAAUCCCACUCCAUUCCACCUCCCAAUCUGACAUCGACGAGAUCGAAAAUCUCAUCCACUCUUCCCUCCAUUCCACCCCUUCUUCCGUCCUCCCUGCCGCACACCCUCCUUCCCCUCCUCGUGCAUCUAUCCCUGCUUCUCCUUCUCCUUUCAUCCCAUCCAAUCUCCCUCCUCCUUCCAAACCCACUUCCAUCCCCAUUACCAUUCCCUCUGCUGCUCCUCCUCCUCCUCCUCCCGCCUCUUCCUCCGCUGGGAUCUCCGCUUCUGGGUUCGGGCCCCCGCCCAAUACUCUUACUGAGCCUGUAUGGGAUACGGUGAAGCGAGAUCUAUCUAGGAUUGUUAGUAAUUUGAAGCUUGUUGUUUUUCCUAAUCCUAAUAGGGAAGACCCUGGUAAGGCGUUACGUGAUUGGGAUCUUUGGGGUCCCUUUUUCUUCAUUGUCUUCCUUGGUCUUACCUUGUCUUGGUCCGCUUCCGUCAAGAAGUCAGAGGUGUUUGCUGUUGCAUUCGCCCUUCUUGCUGCUGGUGCUGUAAUUUUGACAUUGAAUGUACUGUUAUUGGGUGGACACAUAAUUUUCUUCCAGAGUUUGAGCCUUCUGGGUUACUGCCUUUUUCCUUUGGACGUUGGAGCUCUCAUCUGCAUGUUGAAGGACAAUGUGAUUCUCAAGCUUGUAGUGGUAUGUGUGACUUUGGCCUGGAGUUCAUGGGCUGCAUAUCCUUUCAUGAGUUCGGCAGUUGGACCAAGGAGAAAAGCUCUGGCACUCUACCCAGUUUUCCUCAUGUAUGUAUCUGUUGGUUUCCUCAUCAUUGCUAUUGAUUAAAGCUGAGGGGCGCUUGUGAGAUAUCAACUGGGGAUGCUGCACCUACAUACUUUCAUGCUGAACUGGUUGUGUAUUCUUCGAACCAAAUCUUGUUGCCCUUAUAGAUCGAUGGAUAACCAAUUUUGUAUAACAUUCUAUAGCUAGUUAUAUGCAAAUCUGGAAGAAGUUUCUGAAUGUUUGAUAGUAAAGCUUGUUAUGUUGAGAUAAUCAUCUGUGUACCGAGAAGAGUUUGGAAUAUGCAUCUGAAGUUUAUUGAUACCAAA